UUUGGGCCGGACUGGCCCCAUGACGAGGGGGAUUCAAUUACGUCGCUCCAUGUCAUCAACUACUUCGGCGAUAACGUAUUUCCGAUUCAGUCAUCUUCAACCGGUCACGGCCACGGCCACGGCCACCUAGCUCUGCCACUGUGUCGUCCUACAUGAAGAGCUCGUUCUGUGGCUCACUCGCUCUGUGUUUUCUUGCGAGUGCAACUACAGGGUGAUUUUCUUCGACUCACUGAGUCAUGAAGUGCCAGAGCGUAGCGUGCAUAUGGUCCGGCACGCCUCUGUCGCACAGAGUCACCGCCACAGCCGUGCUGAGCCGACCUCCGACUCUCUACACCGGCGGAUCCGAUGGCUCAAUCAUCUGGUGGAAAUUAUCAAUCUCUGAUUCCAGCACGGAAAUUGAACCGGUUGCUGUAUUGUGUGGCCAUGCUGCGACCAUAGCGGAUAUUGGCAUUUGUUACCCUGUUAUCUCGGGAACGGGUAAGACAGAUAUUUCAAGUAAUGCCGAGGUGAACUCCACUUCAGAAAAUUGUGGUGCACUAGUAAGUGCGUGUUCUGAUGGUGUGCUGUGCAUUUGGAGCAGGAGAAGUGGACAUUGCAGGCGCAGAAGAAAACUACCUGCUUGGGUUGGGAGUCCAUCUAUGGUGCGUACGAUUCCGUCAAAACCAAGAUAUGUAUGCAUUGGAUGCCACUUUAUUGAUACUGCUCAUUCGUCCGAUAAUCACUCAGUUGAUUCUGCUGAAAGGAUCGAGGUUUCAACUGACAGAGAAUAUCAACAUAAAAAGCAUUCCAAAUGCUCUGUCGUUAUUGUUGAUACAUAUACUCUUACCAUUGUUGAAACUGUUGUGCAUGGAAAUUUGUCUAUUGGUUCCUUGAAGUAUAUGGCCAUAGUCUCACCUUUAACGGGUGAGGGAAAUUAUUCAGCAGCUUUAGUUGAUUCAUUUGGUCGGCUGCAGAUGAUUUCAUUAUCUAAGGGAUCUGACCAAGUGGAUGAGGCGAGCUUUCACAAUAAUUCGCAAGUGGAUAUUCCUGUUUGGACUGAGGUUUUAAAUGAGAGAGGCCAGGUUGUGUCAGUUGUGACUCAACACAAUAUCAUUGCCUUUUUGUUGCCUGAUCGUUGUGUGUUUAAGCUUUUACUCAGUGGUCUCGUGGUUGGAGAGGUUUCUUUUACGGAUAGUAUUUUUGGCAUUAAUCAAGCUCAUGUUUCUGGAGCAAUGUUUCUUGAUGGUAGAGAUGAAUUGAAUAUCAUGAAUAACCAGGAAUGCCAUGAAACAUUUGUCGAGAAAUUUGCUGUGUGGAAUUCUGUAGGUCAUGCAGUUGUCUACAUGAUAUCAAUUACAAAUAAGAUAUUUGAAUACAAACCUCUUUAUGAAAUUCCUGCAUCUUGUAAUUCCUCAAAGGUGGGAUUGUCAAUAUCUUUCAAUCAACUAAAUCAGCAUUUCAUCCGCAUUGAAUCACUUAGCUCUCAGAUUGAAGAGCCUUUUCAUUGGACUUCUAAUAUUGCAAUCUGGUCACUACAAGAGAAACAUCUUAUACAUGGAAAAUUGUUGAAAUGCAGAAUGGUUGGUGAAUCUAGUUCAUUGACAGAAUGGAUUCCAGACGCUAUUUGCCACAGUGAAUUUGUAGGGAAAUAUGGUGUUGGAUCUGGGUUGAAAUCUGAUUCUAGUUCUGAAAGUGUAAAUGAUUUAUAUUUUGGUGACUGUAACAAUUUUGUACAGAAGGAACAAAUAAUAUCUUCUUCUAUGGUUAUUUCUGAUAGUUUAUCUACUCCUUAUGCAGUUGUUUAUGGUUACUCUAGUGGUGAUGUACAAAUUUUAAAACUCGAUUUGUUUCAAGGGUUGCCUUCUCAUAAAGGAAGUCCACACUAUGAAGUGAAUCAUCGUGUACCACAACUAUAUCUUUCAGGUCACACGGGACCUGUAAUAUGUUUGGCGGUUCAUCGGUUGGUGAGCGAAAGUAACGGACAAUUUCUAUUAUCUGGAAGCAUGGAUUGCACCAUUCGAAUCUGGGAUCUUGAAUCUGGGAAUCUUGUCAUGGUAAUGCACCACCAUGUGGCUCCUGUGAGGCAGAUAAUUCUUCCGCCUGCUCAUACCGACCAUCCUUGGAGUGAUUGUUUUCUUUCAGUUGGUGAGGAUUCUUGUGUUGCUCUUGCUUCCUUAAAGACUUUAAAGGUGGAGAGAAUGUUUCCUGGACAUCGCAACUAUCCUGAAAAAGUUGUGUGGGAUAGUCUAAGGGGUUAUAUUGCAUGCAUGUGCAGUAACCAUUCCAGUACUUCUGAUACUGUUGAUAUAUUGUAUAUUUGGGAUAUUAAGACGGGUGCUCGCGAGCGGAUUAUUCCUGGGACAGCAUCUCAGUCAAUAUUCGAGAAUUUUUGUAAAGGAAUUGGCAAGAGAUUUUCUGGCUCUAUUCUGAAUGGAAAUACCUCUGCUUCAUCUCUACUCUAUACAACAGUUGAAGAUGGGAAUCUUUCUGAUUCUCUUUCAAGCUAUGGUAAGUCCACUGAUACAUUGAAGGCAAUGGCAGAUUUGAGUAAUAAGGUAGAAUCACAUACAUCCAAUGGACAUGCUAGAAGACGGAAGUCUGCUAACUCAUUUCUAAACUCUCUCUAUAAUUUUGAGAGUGGAAAGCAUCCUAUCAAGUGCUCUUGUCCAUUCCCUGGGAUUGUUACAAUGAGCUUUGAUCUUACAGCAUUAAUGUCUUUCAAUCAGAAGUCUAGGCCAUUAGCAAAUAAAAGUAAUCUUCAAGACACUGCAAUUCCAAGGGAUCAGCAAGCUAGGAUGUCAAGUCCUAGUGCCAGGGAUAAGAAAAUGGACGAUUCUUUGGUCCAUGAAAUUUCAACUGAUUAUAGUGAAGAGCUUAACUGGAUUAGUUUGUAUGAAGAAUGUUUAAUUCGGUUUAGCUUGUCCUUUUUGCACAUAUGGGGUGUAGACAGUGAUCUCGACAAUUUGCUAGUAACUGACAUGAAAUUGCAAAAACCAGAGGGCUUUAUUGUGGCUUCUGGUUUGCAGGGGGAUAAAGGUUCACUAACAGUGUCAUUUCCUGGAAUGAAAGCUGUUCUUGAGCUUUGGAAGUCAUCCGCAGAAUUUUGUGCUAUGAGGUCACUCAUGAUUCUGUCUCUUGCUCAACACAUGAUUAGCUUGUUUCACUCAGGUUCAUCUGCCAGCAGUGCCCUGGCAGCUUUCUAUAUGAGGAAUUUUGUGGACAAAGUUCCAGAUAUAAAGCCGCCUUUACUUCAGCUUUUAGUGAGCUUCUGGCAAGAUGAAAGUGAACACGUACGUAUGGCUGCUCGUUCUUUGUUCCAUUGUGCAGCUUCACGUGCAAUUCCACUAUCACUAAGAGGUGGAAGAUCAACCGAGCAUGGAAUUUCAAGUGAAAUUGGAGAUAGUGACACUGAACUUGAUUGUUUGAGUGAGAAUUCUGAUUACAUAAUAUCAUCAGGCUGCAUUCCAAGAAGUGAAGAUGUUUCUCAGGUUGAGGAACUCAACAUCCGCACCUGGUUGGAAUCUUAUGAAAUGCACGAUUGGAUUUCUUGUGUAGGGGGAACGAGCCAAGAUGCAAUGACUUCUCAUAUUAUAGUUGCAGCAGCACUAGCCAUUUGGUAUCGCAGUCUUGUGAAGAAAAGCCUUCCAAUGCUGGUUGUCCAUCCAUUAGUGAAGUUGGUGAAGUCCAUGAACGAGAAAUACAGUUCCACUGCUGCAGAGCUCCUGGCAGAAGGUAUGGAGAGCUCAUGGAAGACUUGUCUGGGUAAUGAAAUUCCUCAUCUCAUUGAAGAUGUAUUGCUCCAGCUGGAAUAUGUGAGUGGUCCGUCUGCAAAUCAGUUAGUUCAAAAUUCAUCCCUUUCAAUGGGCAUUCGGGAAACUUUGGUUGAAGUUCUUCUCCCAAAUCUAGCAAUGGCUGAUAUACCAGGAUUCUUGACAGUAAUAGAGAGCCAAAUUUGGUCUACUGCAUCUGAUUCACCUGUUCAUCUGGUGUCACUUAAGACACUGAUCAGGGUUGUGCGUGGUUGUCCUAGAAACCUGGCGCCAUAUCUUGACAAGGCUGUUAACUUUAUUUUGCAAAUCAUGGACCCCAGCAACUCGGUCAUGCGCAAAACUUGUUAUCAGAGCUCGAUGGCUGCUCUAAAGGAAGUGGUGCAUGUAUUUCCAAUGGUAUCAUUAAAUGAUUCAUGGACCAGAUUGGCAGUUGGUGAUGUUAUUGGAGAGAUUAACAGUGCUAGCAUUCGUGUAUAUGAUCUACAAAGUGUUACAAAGAUUAAGGUUCUGGAUGCAACUGGACCUCCUGGACUUCCAAGUUUGCUUCCAGCAGGUUCAGAAAUGGCAUUAAGGAUUUCAAUAUCAGCUUUGAGCUUUUCCCCUGAUGGCGAGGGGGUGGUUGCCUUUUCUGAACAUGGCUUAAUGAUCCGGUGGUGGUCAUUGGGAUCUGUAUGGUGGGAGAAACUAAGCCGCAACUUUGUUCCUGUUCAAUGCACCAAAGUGAUAUUUGUUCCUCCAUGGGAAGGAUUCUCGCCCAAUUCUUUGAGGUUAAGUAUUAUGGCGAGUGCAACAGAACGUGAUAGGCAAGCGGACGUGCAGGACUAUGUAAGAGGCUUGAGUCAUGCAGACUUCUUGAAAAUUUUGAUUCACAGUCUCGAUCUUUCUUAUCGGCUAGAAUGGACUGACGAACGGAAAGUAAAACUCACACGACACGGCAAUGAGUUGGGAACUUUUCAAAUAUAAGCAUACUUUUGUGCAAUACCAAUUGGCAAGGCUUUCAAAGAAACAUCCUUGAAUAUUCAGAUUAGGAAGUUUCUUGAAGCCAUCAUGAACUUCCCAGUUCCCAUCCUCAUGCAUACUUAUUGAUAUCUCAAAGCUUUCGGACCGCGGUUCUGAAUUGCUAGUUGGCCAAUGCACAACAUGAUGAAUUUAAAGGGCAUCUUCUUGUGGCUUUCCCAGGAUAUAUCUUCAUUUGAUGUUGUUGCUUCGAGGGAGGAAGGAAAGAAGAAUAUGAUGUGUAUAUUUCUGGUCUGGUCAAGUUAUCAAUUCAUUCAUUCUUCUUCAUGAAAGUUUUCGAUAUUGUCUUCUUGUGAGUUACCGAUCUCAAGAUCCCCUUUUAUCGAGUCCCCAUGGGUAGUUAUUGCUAUAUUUGCAUAGCUUUUGUUAUCUAUGUAUUUCAUUUGAUUUAUAUGUUUUAGCAGUUUGUUUAUAGAAGUUGAAUGUAGUGUUCUCUUAUUUUCUGUUGUGAAACCCAAGCUUUAUCAUUUUACAGAGGAGUUCACUAUUGUUGUGUU